AUGUCAUAUCGACUAUUUUCGCAAGAUAAUAUAGCUGCAACACAAGAAAUGAUGGAUUCGACUUUGAAUAGUCAGGCCUACAACCAAAGCUAUAACCCAAAUGACGGACUUCUAAGUUUCAACUCUAUCUAUGGUGACAAUACGGCUGUGACAUUUCAGUAUGUGCAAGCAUUGGUCAAUGAACGAACUUCUCAAGGCAUUGUUUUUGGAACCAGGUGUGGUGCAGCAGUUCUGACCCUCGUGCUUAUGUGGAUGAUAUCUAAAAGCAGGAAAACGCCAGUUUUCAUAAUAAAUUUUAUAUCUUUAUCGCUUGUUAUUGUGCAUUCCGCUCUCUAUUGCCGAUAUCUUCUAUCUGGCUAUGCCUCCAUUGCAUAUGCCUUGACAGGUUUCCCCCAGCUAGUAAAAGCAAGCGAUUUACAUGCGUAUGCUGCUUGUAAUAUAGUGCAGGCACUACUAGUUACUUCUAUCGAGACAUCAUUGUUCUUCCAAGUCAGAGUGAUUUUUGCAGGCGAUAAUUCAAAAAGGGUUGGUCUGAUUCUAACAACUCUUGCUGCUGCCCUGGGAAUUGCAACGGUGGUCAUGUACUUUUAUUCAGCAAUAGCUCCGAUUGUUAGCCUUCACAGUGAUUCCUCCGAAGUGUCUCCAACUUUUUUCAAUGUUUCCCUUAUUUUACUUGCUUCAUCAAUCAAUUUUACAACUUUCCUUUUAGUGAUCAAACUAACUAUUGCAGUUAAAUCAAGAAGAUUUCUCGGACUGAAGCAAUUUGAUAGUUUUUAUAUCCUUUUGAUCAUCUCCUUUCAGACCUUAAUGAUUCCCUCAAUAUUGUUCAUUCUUGCCUAUUCGUUACCCGAGGACAAAGGAACAGAUUAUUUAAUACCGAUUGCGACAUUGGUCGUAGUACUUUCAUUGCCAUUAUCUUCUAUGUGGGCAACGGCCUCGAACAAGGAAUUUAAGUCGAGUUCCGUUUCUCAAUUUUACCCAAGCUCAGGUGGUUAUUCCGAUGGUUCUAGCAACUACUGUUCAGACAGUGAUUACAUCAGUUCUAAAAGAAGUAUUAAACAAAAGCUUUUUGAAACAUAUCCAAAAUCUAGAGCAGAAAGUGAUAAGCAAUCUGAAAGAACUUAUUGUGCUGGGGGAGAUUUAGAAAAAGGCGAACUUCACGAAUUAUCAACACCCAUUAGUCAGGUAGAUGGGCAUGGAUUUACUAGCCAGCAGGAAACUGAAAAAGUAAACCAUACUCAUCCAAUUAGGAUAGUAUCUUGGACCAAUAGUGGUGAACAAUCAACAUGGCCCAUUUCUGCUGGUAAAACGGAGUCCUCAGAGGACGAUCAGAGUGGUAAACUCGAUUUUAAUCAUGAUAGCAAAGACGAAGGAUUUAUUGAAACCAAGAGAAUCACUUUGAAAAAAUAA